GUUCAGCGGGAACUUGGAGCUCUGCUCCUGGGCACUGAGCGAUGCUUUCGUGGGGGACACCUUCGUCUGCAUCGAGGUGCUGGACGAGCUCCAAAGCCUUGAGCAGCAGAGGAGAGGCACCUUCCGGCGGCUGGAGUCAGAGUUUGACGUGAUCAGCAAGGUGAUGUCGCUCUGGGCUUUCCACCAGCGCCAGACCCUGGAG